AUGAUGCUCCACAGCAGACCCGACUCUGCGAAAAAGUUCCAAGGCGAGAUGGAUCGCUACAAGCAGAGCGCGGAAUACCAGCAUCCCGUCAUGCAGAAAGUCAUCUCUACGCUCAAGGAGAACUUUGACAAAGUGACCAAGGAUAUGAGCGUCCUGCUUGCCAACAACCUCGCCAGUUUUGUUCGGUAUGAACUUACAAAUUUGAGCUCAAGUGUCGCGGCGCACAUUACCCUUUGUUCUGUCUACAAUAUGGUGAGCGAGGAAGAGCAGGAACUUCUUUUCAUUGCGUCUUCUCUUGAUGAUCGCGUUGAGCCCGAAGACGAGCCCGAAGACGAACAGAGUGAUAGUGACGAUCUUGCCAUCGCUCGAACAACCGAGUCGUCCGCUCCCGCUCACACCUCCGAACGUGCAAAGAUGGAGAGCAGACUCGCCGACAUGGAGGCUCAUUUUCUUGUCAUUCGCAACCAGCAGAAACGACAGUCCGAAUUGAUCGAAGAGGGCAUCCAGACGAUCCGCGAGAUGGCCAAGUCUCUCAAAACGGAGAAGGAGCAGACUGAGUUGAGUCGCGAGGAAGCUGAGGUCGAAAUUGCUUCAUAUGAACUGGUGACUCACGGCGUCAACUCCAAUGAUGUUGCAGUUGAGGACGAAGUCGAUUAG